AUGGGUCGUGGUGGGGAAGAUGAUGGCAGUGGGCGAUCUGGUGUCAUGGUCGGCGGACGUGAACACCAAGACCAGGAACGCGCCCACGGAUACGCUGACGGGAAGGCGACGCAUUUGUUCCACAACAUUCCCGACGACGAUGAUGCGCGUUAUGCGAGAUCCACACCUUCUCGUUUAUCCAGCCCGCGAAGCAUACGCAGGAUGAUUGCUUUGGCAGCAUUGCUCGCUGUGGGCGCAUAUUACUGCUGGUCCAUGUUUCUAAAAGACAGCUCCGUCGAGGUAUGGGCCGCCCGGGCAGAGCUGGCGGUGGGCGAUGAUGGCACGUACGGAAUUGAGAGACAUCGCGUGGAUAAGAACCUAGUGCGUUUGAAGAGUUUGGACGAACGACUACUGCCUGGAGGGAAGGCAGACCCCGAUGGAAAGCGGAGACUGGUGUUUGUCGGCGAUGUGCAUGGGUGUAAGAAGGAGUUGAUGAAGCUGCUCCGUAAGGUGGACUUUAACGAGGAGCUGGAUCACCUAGUCUUGGUGGGCGACACGAUUUCCAAAGGACCGGACAACGUGGGAGUGCUAGACGAGCUCAUCCGCUUGAACGCCACCAGUGUACGAGGGAAUCACGAGGACAACGUUUUGUUGGAGGCUAGACGAAUUGCUGCCAAUGAGGAUGAGUCUUCAAUCACCAGCAGCGACGACGUCAAGGCUGCCAGGAAAAAGGACAAGGAUCGUGCACUUCUUCGAACACUCAAACCGCGACACUUGGACUACCUCCACAACAUGCCUUUGAUGCUCCACAUCCCAUCUCUGCCUCAAGCCACUGGAGCUACCAAGAAGAAACACUCCCCCAUCAUGGAGCACAUGCUCGUCGUGCAUGCUGGCUUAGUACCAGGUGUGAAUUUGAAGAAGCAAGAUCCGUACUUUGUUAUGAACAUGCGGAGCAUCAACCGCCGGACGCUCGUUCCGUCUGCACUCCGCGCCGGCAAGAAUGCCAAGCCAUGGUUCGAUAUCUGGAAUUGGUACAACGACAAGGUCUUCAAGCAUGACUCCGAGAAUCAAGUCGAACCAGUUUCCUCGCUGCCAGAAUCUGACCCCAGCGUCUGGUUUGUAGGAUUCUGGAAGAACUUCUUCGGAAAACACAAACAUGCGCAUUCCAAGCCGCAGGUUGUCAUCUAUGGGCAUGACUCUCAUACCGGCCUGCAGAUGCACCGAUGGUCGAAGGGUCUAGACUCUGGAUGCGUUGGCGGUGGGAAACUCACGACAAUGGUACUGGACGCCAAGGGCCAUCAGGAGGUGUUUAGUGUGGGCUGUAAGAAUUAUAGGGAUUGA